CCGCGAGGACGCGCUUUUGCCUCCAUUUCUUCGGCCUCAUUCUAGUCGCAUCCUCAUCCCGAGCACAGAUUUAGCUUUUGUACGCGACAGCCCCCCGACUCGCCGAGACAGUCCGCAACUCGCGCUGCGCAAACCUUCCGCCAUGGAUCUUGACGAAUGGAUCACGAACUCCAAUGAGUGCUUCGAGAUCAACCUCACCCGGCCGUCGAGCGGGGCAGGCGAGCCCGAGCGCAUCUUCAGCGAGUCCUUCAACCCGCGCUUCACCUACCCCAUCAUCAACGAGGCGGAGUCAAUCGUCGGAUACAAGGACCCCAGGAUAGAGCUCGACUUCCGCGCAAACGAUAUGAAGCCGUCGUUGAAGAUUCAGUUCGAAGCGAAGCUGGAGCUCAAGGGCGUGCUGCCGGACGAGCAACAGGUGGAUCUCGAGAACGUCUUCAAGGACUACUUUCCCGCGUCUAUAUUCAAUCCCACCGAAGCUUCAGAUGACACCAGCUCCGCGACCGAUGCGACCUCCACAUCAUGGGAACCGCCAGGGAAACUCAUGCACAGCUUCACUCUGCACGGGAAGAAGUACGAGAUAUGGAGCGCAAACAUGGCCGAUCCAGCGGCCAAGCGGCUGUUCCAGAAUAUGCAGAUACUCACGUUGUUAUUCAUCGAGGGCGCAGAGCGGCUGGAACUAAACGAGCAGUGGUCGCUGGAGCGUUGGACACUCUACCUGCUGUACGAGGUGACGCCCAUCGAGGAGGAAUGCUCUCCGUACACUUUAGCUGGAUUCUCCACCUCGUACCGCUACUGGAUCUUCCCGACCUUCGACGUAAUGCGCUAUACCAAAUCGCUCCCAUCACCACCGGAGAGCACCAACGGCGAAGCGGGUUCAUACACCGGUCCCCAUCUCACCCAGGAUCCGGAGACGUACCUAUUCAACGAGCACAUCGACCCCCUGGAGACACCCUCGCGGGAUAGAAUCUCGCAGUUCGUCAUCCUACCUCCAUACCAAGGCCAGUCUCUUGGCGCCCGGUUAUACGAGACGAUAUUCGGAGAUCUGGUCAAGAAGCCUUACGUCUACGAGAUUCCAGUCGAGGACCCAAGCGAGGCUUUCGAUGCCAUGCGAGACUACAGCGACAUCAUCUACCUCCGGAAAAUGCCCGCCUUCCAAUCCCUAUCGCUGCCCUCAACACUACCGCCGGAAAGCCUCAGGAAAGAUGCGCCAAUCCCGCGCGACCAGAUACUGGGCAACGGUGUAGAUCUAGAAGCCCUCCGCCACGAAGCCAAGAUCGUCCCGCGCCAGUUCAACCGCAUGGUCGAGCUGCACCUGCUCUCCACAAUACCAUCCAGCAACCGCAACAAGGCCCGUAUCACCCGCAAAGACAAGUCGAGCAACGAGAACGACCGCAAGUACUACUUCUGGCGCCUGGCUCUGAAGGCUCGAGUGUACCAGCAGAACGCCGACGUGCUGGAGCAGCUGGAAGACGCAACGGAGCGCGUGGACAAGCUGGAAGAGACGGUGGACAGCAUGCAGAAAGAGUACGAGGAGCGGUUACAGGGGAUCGAGAAGAGGGCGAAGUGGAACGUGGGCGAAAUCCAAAAUGGGGACAGCAGUAGGAGUAAGCGGAAGCGGGUGGUCGUGGAGGAUGAUGAGGAUGAGUGGGAGGAUAUGGAGGACGCGUCGGUGGCUAGCUCGAAGAAGAUGAAGGUUUGAGCGAAGCUGCUCAUGGCGUUUCGGGUGUUGAGAGUCUGAGGCUUGUACCCUAGGUUGUCGCCAGUAGGGUUACGGAUACCAAACAUGGUUUUUUUUCCUUCUUGAAGGUUCAAUUUUACUAGCUCUGCACGAAAAGUGCCCUUCCUCCUAUUGAAGACAUAGUUCCCACUG